GAUAUAUAUUGUGCUUUGGUAUCUUCCUCCUGAUCAUUGCCUCAAGAUUCCUCCACGCCAAUCUCGCACAGCUAAUACAUUCAAGUCACGAUGCGGUCCUUUUCUCUGUUUCUGGUUGGUCUCGCAAGCGCCGCCAACAUUUCUGAAAUCUCUCCAUUUGUCAGACCAAGCUUCCCUAUCAGUACUAUUGAUAAUGAUGGUACGCACGCGGGUCGCUACGAUGUUCGCAAAACGAUGGUCUGGCUUGAUGAAGAGAACCCAGAGAACUUGAACAGCUACUGCUAUUUCUAUUGGUUGACCACCACCUGUGGACGGAAAUUUCAUACGAUGCUGGCCCCGAACUUCUUCCGCGGCGAGACAACUGGUAUCUUUAGAGUGGAAGAUCUGCAGAAGUUUUCAUCUACGGGGGCAACUGCCUUCGCACCUGGAACUGGGAGCACCGAGUUUCUCAAUUUUCGGUCAGAGAUUCAAAACCUCACAAGUCCACGCGGAGGUGACAACUUCACUGAUGUGCAUAUUUCUGCGGACUAUGCCGGUGUCAAGAUGGAUGUUCAAAUGACUCCGACGGGCAAGAAUUUGUACAUUGGGGGCGCUGGUGGCGUAACGAUCUCACCCAAGGAUGGUGGAAACUCUAACCUAAAUGACUAUCGCACGCUUGUCCCAGGAUAUUCCUGGUAUUGGGGGAACCCAACCCUUAAGCUUGAAGGAACUAUCACGGUGGAUGGAGAAGAACUGCAAAUUGACUCAGAUCAGUCCAGAGGCUAUUUCGAGCGCCAGUGGGGCGAGUUCGGGAUUGCUGGAGGUCACUACGGAUAUUGGCUCUACCUUUCCAAUGGUAUCCUGAUCCAUGGCUGGGUUGUAGGCCCAACAGUCGAGGAGCCUUACGGCAUUCCUGCCUGGGCGACGAUCUGGCACCCCAAUGGCAUUCACGAGGUCCUUGAAGUGGACAACACUACAAAAGGACUCAAUCCAUGGACAAGCGAAUACAGCGGGAAUAACUAUUUCCAAGAUGUCGAGUUGAACCUCUCUCAGCGCAACGCAUCCUUCAACAUCCACCAGGUAAUCAAGAACGGCGAACUCGGCCCACUUCCAGGUACCAAAGGAUACAACAUCAGUGAGGCUUAUGCUCAAGGAGAUGGCAUCUGGGAGAACGAACGAGUUACCUUCUAUGGUCAUCUUGAGCAGCUGUCGUACUGGUAGAGACUAUAUCUGUAUGGUUUGGAGUCCAGUUGGCGAAUCCUCAAUGUUUACCCGAUCAAGGCGCAAGCGUGUAACUCGCGACUGUGUUCAUAUAAACGACAUCUAGACCAAAGCCCUAAGCGUUAGCCCAAGAUUCAUCUAGGCUACUAUUAAUUGACUCUUAGCGACCUAGCAGUCUAGAGCUUUCUUACAAAUUGGAUACGACUCUAGUAUCACUGUGCGAUAGCUCCCUGAACAUAGCUUCUUACAGUAUUAAGGAAUUAAUUCUGCAGGUUAGCCAUCAAUGAAAG